AUGGACAAAGUGUCACCGAAACGCGGAGACCUGCCAUUAGUUCGCUCGACUCCACAUAGUUCAGAUAAUGUCAAAUUACCAACAUUUCAUGGAGUGGCACUGCAAAACUCUAUCACACAGCAGCCUGAUCAUUUGAUUCCAGGACGAAGGUCAUUUAUGCUAAGUCCACACGUUAGAAUGACUCAUGUCCAACCAAAUAAAAUGUUGAAACUACCGAAACUCCAAGCAGCCUCCUCUUCUGCUCAGGAAGAAAAAUCGAAAACCAGCACCCAAUCCACAAGAAAUGGUAGUUGCGAACGAACCUGCACCCUUCCCCCAUUAAAAUUGACAAAACAUGAGCAACUCCGUAAAGAAACUGCAUCAAGUAGCACACUGAACAAAAAAGUGAACAGGUUCAAUAUUGAUAUUGACAAAAAGUUAUCGUCCGUGCAUCAGUCUAUGCAAAAAUUUGAGAAGAAGUAUCGCUCCGUUAAUGACAGUAUAAAAAAUGCUGUUCGCCGCUCACUCUCUGACGCUAUGAAAAAUAAAAGGACUGCCACCACCUUCAAGCCUACCACAUCCGACAACUAUCAACACAAGUAUCCAACAACAAGCGCUUUCAUUGGGUUGAGAAGAACGGAGACGACGGAAGCUAAAGGACGGACGGAUGAGACGGUUACUUUCAGUGACAGCAUCACACAAAACUUGGGAAAAGAAGAUUUCCGACAACCAAAUUCAACGACAAUAAUGGGAUCCAAAGACGACUGUGUAAAAAGUUGUACAGGCGACUCUGAUCAUUUCACGUCAUUCGUUGCAUUUCAACGUUCCGAACGGGCUGAUGGGGCUACUCAACCUGAAAAACUUUACGAUGGCGAUAAGUCUCCACGAAGUUGGAGUCCAAUCAUGGAAAAUCUAAGUGAUAAAGCGUUUUUAACAAAGCUGAAAAUAAAGGAUGGCAAAGAGAGUCGAAACAUGCAAAAAAAGCAAAACCGUGCAGAUGCUAUGCAGAAUCAGCUACAGAUUGAUAAACGAAAGGCCAACCACCUUGAGGGAACUAAUAGUUUGAAACCAUUGUAUAAACCACGGAAAGAACACCUCCUGAAUACCACGGACCAACCACACGAACUAAUGGGUUUCAUGCAGUCCAAUGGAGGAACAACAGGGAAUUGGAAUAUCCAAGACCAUGUCAAGUUUGUGAAAAUUUAUAACACUUGGAAGGACGUAAGCCUUGAGAUCGCAAUUGAAAAGACAAUGAAGGAAUUGAAACACAAGAGCGCCCAGGAAGUUCUGUUACAUGCUGAAUGGUAUGGCACGGCCGAGUCGUUGAUUGAAUCGAACAAGACCAAGGUCCGACAAUGGGACGAAGGGAAACGACGAGAGCGAGAAUUGAUUUAUAAAAGGGCAACCCAAGAUCAAAAGGCCAAGUUGGAGGAUGAGAAGAGGCGAAAGCAACAUUUGAAAACUAUUCGAGUCGAAGAGCGUCAACGGGCAAGAGAAAGUGCUUCACAGUGGAAGAUUGAGAAAGUCAAGACAAAUGCAGCAAAUACCAGACCCGUGGACAUUGACACGAAUGAGCUAUGUCACCAAGUGUUGACGUUGGCUAAGAAUGUUCAGUCAUUGCAACAUCCAUUUCCGAACUCGGGUAGGAAACAGCAACCGCCUCCGUUGCGACACGUCACUUCGUUGAAAUCAUUAUCCAACAAAACUACAAGUUCUUCCGACUUGAACUCAAAAGUCAAGCGUUCGGGAGUAAAGGAUGCCCAAGCAACUGUACAACGUAUUACAUUACCCCCUUUGAUAGACAAGAAUGACCUGGAUGAAACGAAGAGUAUUUGCAGCAUACAAAUGCAUCAUCACACUAAUAAUUUUGGGGGUGGCGAUUGUAAGGAUUCACAAAUUCCUAACCAAGGGAAAGUUUUACAUCGCACGGGAUCUAUUUCUAAGCUAAACGAAGAAACGUUUAGUCAUAAAAUCAGAAAAGAAGCUCAGAUAAUUAAAAGAAUGGAAAUUCGCUCAUUAAAAGGCCAGACUCCUCACAGGGUUGAAGAAAUACAAUUGCAAAGUUUGCCAAAUUCUAUGCAUUCGUUGCAUGCAAAAAAAGCCACUCCCAACUGGAAGAAGAUUACGUAAGUAAGUGUGAACUUGUAUCAUGUAUACACAUUGUACAUACAUAUAAAUAUAUGAAGUGCUUGACAAAAUGUAUAGUAUAUUUGCGGACAUGUGUAAGAUAGUGAAUAUAUAUUUUUGAUAGAACGACACCCCUAUCCUCAAAAUAAAAGCAAUAUUUAACGACUCUGUGGUUUUAGUAUCAUAUUUCUAAUUUUGUUAAACAAGAUCCGUUAUUGUUAAUGGAAUAUGACAAGAAAGGAAGUUAC